UAAUUGAACAAAAAAAGCGUUUGUUUAUUAUUAUUUUAUAACAAACUUCCAUUAGAAGAAAUGCAAAUUCCUAAUGGUGUCUGAAUGUUCAGUGUUUGAAAAAUAAAUAUGUAAAACUUUGUGCGCAAACGCUUUUAAUUUGGGUCACAAAUUUAGGUCAGGUUUUGUGGAGAUUUGCGUUCCGCUCGGUUGGUACCUACAGAUUUUUGCUCACGUGAUUAAACACACGUUGUGGUUGUUUCAUCUCGCUUUACGCUUCCGCAGGGAUAUAUAUUGCACUUUGUUUAUAGUCGACGCUUCGCGAUUUAUCGACGAUUUGACAAUCGUUUGACAUCUGACAACAAUGAACUGACGGGAUGAUCGAAGAUUACAUGGGUUGUUGUGAUAAAAUAUGUAAAUGGUUUUAAAGCUUAGUGUCAGUGAUUUUUCUUAUCUAGUCGAUUUAUUGACCACAUGUAAACUAGACGAAAAAAAAUGAAUCCGGGCAGUGGAAUGUGUGAAAGUUUAAUAACUUGGUUUCAAACUAUAGCACCCAGUAAAGCUAGAAAUAUUGAAGAGAUUUGUGAUGGGGUAGCGAUGUUGGAUGCUUUAAUACAAAUAGCGCCCGACCAUUUCGGUAAAUUAGAACCAAAAAUCAAGAGAGAUGUAAGUUCAAGCUGGAGACUUCGUGUCAGUAAUUUAAAGAAAAUUUUUGAGGCAAUCACUGAGUACUAUCAAGAUGUACUCACACUACAGCUUCUGGAAGAUGGAAAACCUGACGUAACUGAAAUUGGGGCCAAUAACGACAGUGUGCAAUUAGCAAAACUUCUACGCUUAAUUUUGGGAUGUGCAAUAAACUGCGAACACAAACAAGCUUACAUCACGAAAAUCAUGGAUAUGGAAGAAUCCGUUCAACAGAAUAUAAAACAAGCUAUAGAGCAACUAGACUUAGUAACUGGGGGACGUUCCGGCAGAAGUCUUCUAAUUCUAGACAAUGACGCUCGCGUGUCGCAAUUAAUGAGCGAGCUAGAAGUUGCAAACGCCGCUAAAGAAACUUUGAGUCAACAGUGCCAACAAAUGGAAGCUCAAAUACAAAAUUUAUUAGACGAAAACCAAACACUAUAUGGCGAAAACCGCUCAUUCAAAGACAAAGAAAGCAAAAAUUCUGAUCUCAGGAAACAAAAUGAAGAAUUAAAAGAAGAAUUAUUCAAAGCGGAAGUGAUGAGGGACGAUUUUAAAGCCAAACUAACUGAACAAGAUAAACAAAUUAAAUUGAACCAAGAGAAAAUCGCUGAAUUGCAACUAGCAGCAAGUGAUACCUCUAGACUGAAGGAUGAAAUAGACGCCCUUUCAGAAUCCGCUGCUAAGGUGCAAGUAUUAGAGGCGAAUUUAGCUUCAUGUAAGAAAAAACUUGAAAAGUACUCUGACGCGAAGAAAACGCUUCAAAAACUAGAAGAGAAGAACAUGGAAUAUCUCCAAAAAAUCCUUGAACAUGAAGAAGAAUUGACAAAAGUUAGCAGCUGGAAGAACCAGUGUGAAACAUACAAGAAGCAGUUGGUUGUAAUUGAACAAAAAUUAGAUGAAGAAACUCAAAGAGCAGACAAAGCUCAAUUCAACUGCGAAAAACUUGAAACUAAGUUAGUUGCGUUGCAGGGGGAAAAGGAGCGAAUAGCCCAAGAAAGAGACAGCCUUCGUGAAGAAAUAGAAGAAUUGAAACUUGGACGACCGGAAAAAGACAACGGGGCUGCCGUGUCUCAAGAAUUGACUCCCACUGAGAUGAAGAAACGGUUGAGUUUUUUGGAGAAAGAAAACAAGAGUUUGCGCACGUCGAUACAAGAGAAUGAGGCAAACCAUACACUGCUUGAAAGUGCUUUAAGUAGGAUAGAUAAACUGCAGCAGCAGAAGCGUUCUGCGAAUCAACUAACCAUGAAAUUAGAGGCUCAGAUUGAAGAAUUGAAGAAUAAGAUUUCCAGUGAUGAUCCCCAGCAAGGUGAGAAUUUAGUCAAAGAGUACAAGCAGAAGAUAGCGUCGUUACAAGAGGCCUUAGUUACUAGAGAAAACGAAUUACAAGCGGCACAAAAUAAGUAUACGAAAAAUUUAGAGAAAGCGAGGGAGGUCGCGCAGCAGUUGGAACCUAAAAGUAACGGAGGAAUGAAUUCUAUGCAUCACGCUACACACAUGAAGGAAAUGGAAGAGAGAUUAAUGGCGGCUGCUUUUUACAAAUUGGGUAUGACAUGUCACAGAGAGGCCAUUGACGAGAGAUUAGCGGUUCUAAGUGCUGGACAAGGACAGUCCUUUCUUGCCAGACAAAGACAACCCACGCCCAGAAAACAACCACAGAGAUUCAAGUCUAAGUGAUUUGUAACAUAUUUAGCUUAGUUGAUUUUAUAAACGUACCUUUUGCGUUAGUGAACAAUAUCACUAUAAAUUUUAUCAUUUACUGUUGUUUUAA